GUCCGAGUCGAUGAUACACGAAGUUGAACCACAUAACUGAUCACUCGUCUCUGUUAUUGAAACAACUUCGAGGAUCAUUUCAAUGACCAUAUGUUAAUUUGUGGUAUUCAUCAUGCUACUGCUGGCUGCGCCCCUUGGUCACUUCUCCAAGACUUAUGAAAUCACUGGCUAUCAUUCUUCAUCAUUCCGUUCAUUUCCUUUCCGUAUCGUUGGAGCCAGCCAACAUUGCUGUAUGCCUGCACACCGCCCCCUGGCUGCUUGCGUGCCAGGCUUAUGAAUGAUCAAUUCGCACAACGCGCCCAUAUAUAAUAUGCAGUGCCGGUUGCUCUAUUCUGCAUCUAACUUUUCCCUUUCAAAACUUUUACUCACGUAAUGCCCAAUUCGAACGGCACCAAUAUCUGGGGAUUCACUGUUCCUGUCCAUUCCGCUGUGCGGGAGGACCUCUCGUCGCCGAUCCAGGAACUUCCAUACAUCACAAGGGUGGUGCUACACCUUCCUCUGGAGAUUUAUCAUCUCCUAGCCACGAAAUUAGGAGGGGCACCCAAUCUAAUGAAUGCAUUAACGCCGUCAUUUGUAGAGGUACAAAUUGACGACGGCACUACGAGCAUGUAUUAUUAUGGACACUUAAGGUGUGUGUCCCGAUGGAUGCGUGAUCAGCUUGUGAAACAGCGAUCCGAACCUGUGUACUGUUCACUAUAUCGCUCAUGCUUCCUUCGAUACGGGUUCUUUAGUUCGCGGGACGCAAGGAUAACCUCACAAUUUCGCGAGAACAUGUAUCCACCUUAUCAAAUGCCAAGUUCCGUACGCUGGGAGCAUACAACAAACCUUGAUACCGGCUCUUGUUUCGAGUCGGCAUUCGGUGACCUUAACGGCCAAGCUGCUCCUCAAGUCCAUUAUCCUACGUUGCCUCUGGAGCUGUCCUCGGCCAUGCAGCCCAUUCUUCCUUCAACAUCCUCCAGUACUAUUACCACCAUUCCUUUCAGCGCCCAGUCACCUUUCCUUGAUGGCAGCGCAACCUUGCCUAAAAUCCCCUCUGCAGAUCGCCAAGUCUCUUAUAAUUCAGAGCACGGAAUCCAAUUGGCCCAUGGGCAUCAAAUCCAGCCCGGUUGCCCUCGGACUUACAUGGUCGAUGGUCUUCUGAUUGGCGAGGAAGACCUCAUAGAUGGGAAUACCGACAAUGGCUACAUAAACAUCCAUGCAUGCGAUCGCGAAGAUUCUCCCUGUGGUCUCUGGGUUAAAGCGGACAGACGUUCUGUCAUGCGCCACGGGCAGCGGUGGCACGAGGAUGUUCGGUGUAGUGCGGACAAGACAAUUACUUGCCCUUGGUUAGGCUGCAACAGGCAGAUGCGGGCGAGCGCCAUACCGCGGCAUACUUUAAGCGCCCACUUCGGUGUAAGAUGGAUCUGCAGGGGCACGGGAUGUUCAAAAGUCUUCAGUCGUCACGAUACCUUCAAGGCCCACGCUGCAAAACGUGGCUGUCUCGGGGCAACCGUGAGGUACGAUGCAAAUACUCGUGUCAUUAAUACACAAAAUGUUCUGAAUCUUUACGGUUGAAAAAAGAAGGGAAACAAGGGGGCAGUAUCCUUCCCUCAUGCUUUUGAUCGUCAUUAUACAUGUUCGCAUUCACCAUUUCCAU